CUUAUACUUCUCUGAAAAAUAACCUAAGGUCAUGCGCUAUCUGACCAAUCAGUAUUUCUACUCCUCUUAAGAAUGGCAUGUCUACACUAUUUCUAAAUUAAAGUCCGAUACUCCAAAAAGGUGUCGGCUUCUUCAAUUCUCUACUAAAAUGUCCCUGCCACAACGACUACCCCUGGUAGAGGAAGGGCACGAGAGCGAGGAUGUAGUAAUAAUCCCGAUAGGAUCUGUCAGCGAUGGGGAUAAGUCAACUUGGCCCACUGAAGCCAGGUUUGGCAUGCCGGAUGAUAGCUCUUACCGGGAGAAAUUGGCAAUGCUAUGGCUGCAGAAAAUUGGAACAUAUGAAGAGGGGAUGAGAUAUAUGCUCAACCGCUUGCCAGAUGGUUACGCCCUCUUUGAUAGACCGCGUGGGACGGAUCCUACCAUUCGUGAUAGAUUCCUUUGGGGUCAUCCAAUUGGGCAAUACUUCCCUUCGAUACUCCAGUUCUUUCCACACUUUUAUCAUCUGAUGACGGGCGCGGCGGGACCUUGCCAUUGCAUGCUUUGUGACAAAGUAGCAAAGCGUGAACAGGGUUCGGUGCUCCUUCAGUAUUUUACAUUCAAACCUUUUCGCUAAUGUACUUCCAGCGAUAUUAAAUGGUUCCCUACGAGGACGAGGACGAGGGAGAGGACGAGGGAGAGGAAGUUCAAAUAUUGCCAGGUCGGUCGACACGCCCCCUGGAGGGACA